AUGAUAUUUGUGGUGCAAUGCAAUAGCAAUCUUGCUCCCUCGAGAAGAAGACGGGUUUCAGAACUACGUUCAUGCACAUUUUUCAGUGAAAGCCAGUUGGACAUCUCCUUGAACUUAUCCAGAACAGUGAACUGGAAGGAAAAAAGGUCAAUCCUGCUGAAAAAGGAUGGAAACAGUUCUCACCCCCAAUGGUCUACUCUAAUAAAUAUAAAAAAUCUCCUGGGUACGAAAGUGGAUUCGAAAAACCUUGUAAUUAAGGAGCAAAUGCUUGAGCCCGGGUCCUCCUACAAAAUCAAGGUCGACGUUCUAUCUGCAAACGGAUCAUUUGGCUGGGCUGUAUACCAAUUUGACACAGUGGCAGGUCCAUCAGGAGGAACAUGCCAUGGUGUGCAGUUGGACAGGAAAGAUGUAGGAUCUUGGCUAAACAUUACCUGUCAUGGCUGGAGAGAUGAACAUAUGCCACUCAGCUAUGAAUUCUUCCGGGAAUUGGAAGAUGGAGAACUCGACAUGCUUUCCUAUGGAGUUUGGCCACAUAGUGUUGUUUAUAUUGCACCUAUAGAAGAAGAUGUAGUACGUUUUAAAGUUGCAGUUGUAAAUGUUUUGGGAGCAGCAUAUACAACACGAUUUUCUUUCAAGUUGGAUCAAACAUCCUUGUUGACGGCAGAAGAAGUGGACCACAAUGAGCUGGAGGCAAAAAUUGCAAAAAUGGACUCUUCUUUUAAAAUGAAACAAACAAAUAUGGCAAUGCAAGAGGCAGACACACUUCUUUUCUUACUCAAAAUGGUCGCACAGGAGGCUGACGAAAAAACAUAUCUGCUGCAAAAAAAUAAUUACGUUAUUUCUAAGAUAUGUGAAGUUCCGACUGAUAAACUGGAGCGGUUAGUCCAGGUUGCUUCCAUGUUAAAGAAAGCCACAAUGGGUGACGCUCUUAUCUGGAAAAAUACAACGUUCACUGUUUUGGACAAAUUCAAGGAGAUGUCCAUCUGGCUUUCACUGAAAAAUGUGCACGAACGCAGUUCUGAAACUCGUCUUCUUCUUGAGGGAGCAAGACUGAUGUUGCAUUGCACCACAAAUAUCAUGGAUUCCAGCUCCAGACGACUCCUCAUGGGUAGUUUGUUAGGCAACUUUGAUAAAGGGGAAGAGAUAAUCAUGGGAAAGACAAUUUCAGCCCGUUGCCAGGAGCUGACAGAAAUGACAACCAACAUACUGCUAUCGUUAAAGUUGCCCGGAGAAGAAUACAGCACCAUUCGCAAUGGACUUCAAUCGACGAUGCUCGGCAAGCAUGAAUCAAAUGACUUGAGCCUUUUAGAAAUCAGCGAUGGAAAAACCAGUUUUGUAAUCCCAUAUCUGGAUAGCAGGGCAUUGAAAAGUUGGGUCGGCGACACCUCUGAGGUUGGGGUAGAGAUGGUGAGCUAUGAUUUCAACCCAUAUGUGACGGACAAUAGCAGCAGCAGAAUAAGAUCAAAGGUUGUCAGCCUUGCCCUAAAGGAUGGCACUGGGAGAGCUCUCAACACAGCUGACCUUGCCUCUAACAUAGAAAUUGACAUUCCAGUAACAAAUUAUGCUCCCGUGAACAGCACUCGAUCGAAUCAUUUCUUGAAUCCUGGCAGAAUGCAAUAUCAUGCGAUAACCGUUCGUGAGAUCAACACUACCGUAAAAUUGACCAUUAUAAUUAAAGCAACAGCUUCUAUUACUGUCUAUGCAAAAUUCGCUGAAAAGCCAACAGAGACUUCCUACGACGAGGUGAUUCACUUAUCCAAGGAGAAAACAUCUAUUGACCCCGAUUGUGAAUUAGAAGAGAAUUGCUCUCAUAGUAUCGUCGUAAAGGGUAAAUAUGCAGGUAAAUAUUACGUUGGCUUAUUGGAGAACAGUGAAUCUCGAAAAGAAUUUCCUCCGUCAAGAGGUAGAAGAUCUAUUCUUCCAGGGCCAGCGAUUCAAGAGAAGUGCGUCAAGUUUAAGGAUCCUCCUCCGACGGUUGCUCCUCAAGUAGAGUAUGUCGUUCUUGUUCCUCAGUACGACUCUGAUAAGUCAGUUAACUACAGUUUACAAGUUGAGACAAUAUGGUGUGCAUUCUGGUCUGUUGCUGAACAAAAAUGGACAAAUGAAGGAUGCAAGGUUAGCCGAAAAUCAAAUCAUUCUUCUCUGAAAUGUCUCUGCAAUCACUUGACUGCAUUUGGGGGAGAUAUUCUUGUUGCACCAAAUACCAUUGACUUUCAACUGGUCCAGCAGGCAUUUGACAACGUGGAUCCUGAUGACCUUCUAGUCUUGAUAACACUGUGUUCUACCUUUCUGUUCUACUUUCUUGUUUUGGUAAAAGCACGCAGGGCUGACAAAGUGGAUGCCACAAAGGACAGUCCUCUUCUGCCCUUGGUAGGGCAUCACGAGGGUGAAUAUAUGUACGAGGUGUCCAUAACAACUGGCAGAUGGAAAAGUUGUGGUACUACUGCCAAUGUAUCCAUGACCCUUCACGGGACUGAAAAUACCAGUGACGUUAUCAAAUUGACAUGCGACAUCCCACGUAACAGGACGCUAUUUGCUCAAGGGAACACUGAUAAUUUCCUUCUCCGACAAGAUAUGCCGCUAGGCGAGAUAAAUUUUGUGCAGAUUGGUCAUGACCUUUCUGGAGAGGACCCAUCUUGGUUUAUCAGCGAGAUUGUGGCUUUGGAUUGUCAAACGGGACAGCAAUGGCUGUUCAGUUGUCACCGCUGGCUUGCACUAGAAAGAGAUGACGGUGAGAUCACGAGGAGAUUUUAUGCAGAUGAUUUCAAAACAGAUGAUAAAUUUAAAAGAAAAUUUAGUACAUUACGAAGAAAUGGUUUUGCUGACGAUCACUUGUGGUUGUCAGUGUUUUGGAAGCAACCAAGAGAUCACUUCACUCGUGUUCAGCGAGCAUCCUGUUGUUGGAGUCUUCUCUUGUUGUCAAUGGUAACAUCCGCCAUGUUUUAUGAAACAGAGAAUCUAUCACAGAGGGGAAUACAGAUUGGGCCUUUUUCAAUGACUCCUAGUCAGUUCUUAAUCGCUUUGGAAAGUGCCUUGAUUGUUUUUCCAGCAAGUCUGCUAGUUGUGCUUCUGUUUCGUAAAAGCAAACCAAAGAUAAACACUCAAGGAAGGAGGUAUAACUACGUGAAAAGUGAGGGAAAAGUAUUGUGUACUCUCCCUCAUUUUUGUGUUUACAUUGCAUGGUUUCUUUGUGUAAGUACUGCAAUCGCUUCUGCCCUUUUCACAGUGUUUUACUCUCUUAUGUGGGGAGGAGAGAAGUCGGCUCGUUGGUUAAAAUCCGUGGUGCUUUCGCUGUCUGCAGACGUUAUAAUCUCACAGCCCAUCAAGAUACUUAUCGCAUCCGUCAUUGUAGCUUCAGGGUGUGGAUAUGGUCGGAGGAUAAGAAAGGAAACAGAGUCAAUAAACGGACACAAUGGGGAACAGCUAGCUAGUAUUGUAGAUCUUUCAUCCAUGGAUGUUGAAAGUGCAAGAAAGUAUAAGAAAAAUGAGAGGAAAAUGUACGCGUACUUUAAGGAACUCUUGUCUUCAAUGACAUUCUUCGCACUUUUAUUGAUCGUCUGUUAUGGAGACAAAAAUGACCACAGAUACAAACUAAAUACGGCCACCGAGCACAGCUUCCAGUUUUCUCAAAAUAUGGGACGCUAUGAGAUUAGCCAUGCCACUCAGUUUUGGGAAUGGAUCGAAAACAUUUUUUUGCCGGCAGCUUUUGUUGACGAUUGGUACAAUGGACAUGAAGAAAGAGUUUCAGAAUAUAUUGGAAAUAAGCGAUCAAUUCUGGUCGGUAUGCCUCGUCUGCGGCAGCUAAGAGUCAAGGAAAAUUCUUGUGAAGUUCAAGAAUUGUUUCAAAACAUAGUCAUAUCUUGUUUCGACUUCUAUUCCCCCACAAAGGAGGAAAAAGGAAGUUGGAUUGACUCAAGAAAGAUGAAUGGUUCCUCAGUUCUGUGCCCAGAAAAUUGGGAAUAUAAUGCAGACAGAAGGUUUGGCGGCUUUAAUUCUUGGGGUCGUUUUGCUGUUUACAGUGGUGGAGGAUACGUAGCUAAUUUAGGCUACAACAAGCUAACAGCUAAAAGGAUUAUCAACGACUUGAAAGAAAACCACUGGGUCGAUCGUCAGACCAGAGCUGUGCCGGUGGAGUUCUCAUUGUAUAAUCCACCAAGUAACCUUCUCGCAGUGAUGACGUACUACUUCGAAGUCCUUCCUUCUGGAUUCGCUGGCACGUUCAAGAGCUAUGGAAUUUUGCCUUUAAGCGCAACGAACUCUUUAGCUCAUAGCACUUAUCUUUUGUUCGUGUUGUUGUUUGGCAUUCUUCUUGUUUGCUUCUUCGUUGUCCAGUGCAUCAAACUCUGCCGCCAAAGGUGUUGUUAUUUCAAGUCGAUGUGGAAUUUGUUGGAUAUGUUGCAGAUACUCACGGCAUCAUCAGCGAUGUUACUGCGGUGGAUGCGGACCAAGGUGGCCACAAAGACUUUCGAACAGUUGAAAGAAAACCCUUACCUUCCAGUCAGCUUCCAUCGUGUCUUACUUUUGUUCGAGUUUGAAGAGGUGGCUAUUUGUGUAACUACCGUAAUUGCUACACUACGUCUUCUGAAAUGCUUCUAUUUCAAUCCAAAAAUAAUUGUUUUUACAUUGACACUUCGUAGAUUGUUAAAACCUAUAGCUUCCUUUCUCAUGGUGUUUUUAAUAACAGCAAUGGCCCAUGCACUAUUAGGGUUCACAGCCUUUGGGUCCAACGUGGAUUUGUUCGCCCAAGUGCAUGACGGUAUUUUCUUUCAGUUUCUAAUGCUUUUGGGACAACCAUUCCCAGUGGAUAAGCUAAAGGAAACAAAUCCCGUCAUAGGCAGCCUUUUCUUUUUCACUUUCUUCUGCAGUACCAGCGUAAUUAUUUUGAACAUGUUUCUCGCCGUAAUAAAUGAAUAUUAUACGACCUCGAACGCUGACAGAGAAGGAGAAGACUAUGAGCUUGCGCAAUUUAUUAUUCAAAGAAUCCUGGAGACUGUAUUGGGACAGAAAUCUGAAAGAAACCAGAACUGGAGGAACCAUGAACUUUUCGAGCCAGAUUCUUCGCUAGCGGAAAGUUCCCCUGAUGGAGUUCAAAAUGACGCCUUUUCACUUGAGUGGACACCAGUCAUGUAUCGCAGCUGCACACAGAAAAUAUCCAGGACGGGAAGAUCCCCAGUAGGAAAUAUUGGGGACUUCAUAGAGUGUUCAGUAUGGGAAACAUACAGACCAGAACAUUUGUUGGUGAAAAGUUCCACUAAUGAAACAGGCUUUAAAACUAUCAACCACAAUAAAUUGUCUAGUUACGUCGCCGACGCAAAACGUUAUAAUAUCAUGACAGAUUGGAAUGCACUGGACGAUUACUAUGAAGAUGACGAUGACGAAGAAGAAGACGGUGUCGAUGAUGAUGACGAAGGCGAAGUCAAUGAUGAUUACGAUGGCAACAGUGACGACGACGACGGCGAAGACAGAAAAGUUAACGGUGACGACGACGACGACUUUGACGAAGACGAUGAAGAUUAA